UGAGUAUUAAUUAUAUGUAAACACUAUACAAUUUGUUUUUUUUUCUAAAAAAAAACGUGGAAAUUAUGGCCGCACACAAUUCAAGUCAACUAUUAAUAAAUUAUUCAAUUAAAGACUUGAAAAAAUAAAAGAAAAAAACAGUACUAGAGGAACUAUAGCUAAGGUUAUAAAUAGCUAAGGAUUCUUUCAUCAAGUGAAGUACUAAGUGUUCAAGAAGUUUAUAAAAAUGGAUGAAUUGAUCAAAGAGAUCAAGGAAAAUUUUUUGUCAUUGUUAGACAAGGAUCCUUACUCUCUUGUUUCUCCUUGUCCCUACGAGAUUGCAUGGGUAGCCAUGAUACCACAUCCUAACCGACCUUCUGAGCCCAUGUUCGGUAGUUGUCUGAAUUGGGUUCUUAAUAACCAAACCGAACAUGGGUUCUGGGGCAACUGCAAUAGUGGCAGUGAAAAGCCAACCCUAGAUUGUCUUACUGCCACUCUUGCUUGUAUUGUUGCCCUAAAGAAGUGGAACAUUUGUUCUGACGUGAUAAGUAAAGGGUUGGAGUUUAUGGAUUCAUCAAAUGCGAAGAAGCUCUUGAAAGAAGUGGAAGAUCACGGCUGUCCGCGUUGGUUUGCAAUCGUUUUCCCUAGAAUGGUUGAAUUGGCCGAAGAAGUUUUGAAGAUAAAAAUAUUGAAGGACGAUCAAGUUGCUGUUCGAAAUAUUUUAUUCAAGGCUAGAAAAAACAUUUUCGAAACACUAAUGAAGAAAGAGAAUGAGCAUUUAUUGCUAUGGCAUCUUGAAGUGUUACCUUCAUCAUCAUCACAUGAUUUUGGGAAUAAUAUUAUUAAGAAAGAUGAUAUAGUGAAGCACUUGUGUGAAAAAGGAUCUUUGUUCAAUUCUCCCUCAGCCACAGCAAAAGCUUUUAUGGCCACAUCCAACUCUAAAUGCUUACACUAUUUACAAGCUCUGGUUCAUAAAUUUUCCAAUAAUAAUCACAUGACUAUUGGAGUUCCCACUACAUAUCCUAUGGAUGAAGAUCUUAUAAAGCUUUGCAUUAUCAACCAUCUGCAAAGAUUAGGGUUGGCUGAGCAUUUCUCGAUUGAGAUUGAAAAUAUUCUCCAACAAAUUUAUAAGAAUUACGAUGGAAAAUCAUACUUAAAAGUUGGUAAUUUCCAUUCAUGGGAAAUGUUACAACUUCAAUUACUUAAAGACUCAUUAGCUUUUCGUCUUCUAAGGAUGCAUGGCUAUAAAGUAUUUUCGAGGCAACUCUGCUGGUUCUUACAUAACGAAGAAAUUAAAAAUCACAUCGAGACAAACUGCGAAUACUUUUCGAUUAUGUUGUUAAAUCUUUACAAAGCCACAGAUCUUGCUUUUCAAGAUGAAUUUGAGCUUAAUGAAGCAAGAAAUUUUUCAAGAAAACUACUUGAGAAAUGUAUUUCAAUGGAAGAAAAUGGAGAUCACAUAUUUCAUAAUCUGAUUGAGCAUGAAUUAAGUCUUCCAUGGAUGGCCCGAUUGGACCACCUCGAACAUAGGUUUUGGAUAGAAGAAACUAAAAACCAUGUUCUAUGGCUUGGAAAGAAUCAUUUUCGAAGGUUGUUAAGCAUUCAUAAUGACAAAUUAAUUCGUCUAGCCAUCUUAAAUUACCACUUCAAACAAUCUAUCUUCAAGGCUGAACUCGAACACUUAACAAGGUGGUGUAAAGAUUGGGGACUUAGUGAAAUGGGAUUUGGUAGAGAAAAAAGUAUGUAUUGUUAUUUCGCAAUAGCUUCAACUUGUAGUUCUUUGCCUUAUGAUUCUCCAAUUCGAUUGGCGGUUGCAAAGGGUGCUAUAAUAAUAACGGUUGCAGAUGAUUUUUUUGAUAUGAAAGAUUCCUUAAUCACUGAGUUAGAAACCUUUACUAAGGCAAUUCAAAGGUGGGAUGGUGAAGGAUUGAGUGGUGUUAGUAAGAAAAUAUUUGAUGCCCUACAUAAUUUUGUGAAGGAAAUGGCAAUUAUUUACCUUGAUCAACAAGAAACAAGUGACAUAACAAAUUUCUUAAGAGAAAUAUGGUAUGAAACAAUUGUUUCAUGGCUUACUGAAUCUAAGUGGAGUAAAAAUGGAAUUAUACCAACCAUGGAUGAAUAUCUUAAAGUUGGAAUGACUUCCAUAGCAACUCACACCUUGCUUCUUCCAGCCUCAUAUUUUCUAAAACCAAGCUUAAAAAUAUCACAAUUACAAUCGACAGAGUAUGAUAUUGUUACUAAAUUGGUUAUGAUUAUUUGUCGUUUGUUGAAUGACCUACAAAGUUAUGAGAAAGAAAAGGAUGAGGGCAAACCAAACUCAAUUACAGUGUACUUGAAGAACAAUCCCAAGGUAGAGAUUGAAGAAGCAAUUGAGUACUUGCAAGAGGUACUAAAUAAAAAGAAGAAAGAAUUACUUGAGCAUGUUUUGAUUGACAACGGCGACGAUGAUGAUGAUGACAUCAAUAAUAAUCUUCCUAGAGAUGUUAGGGUUUUGCACCUCUCUUGCUUAAAAGUAUUUCAAAUGUUCUUCAACUCUUCGAAUCGAUUUGAUUCAGAGGUUGAAUUGCUUGAUGAUAUUGGCAAAGCGAUCUAUAUUCCUUUGAAGUUAGAUGGAUUAGCAUCUAAUAAAAAGAAUUUGAUCAUGAGAAGACUUCCAAAGGCGCCACCACAUGAUUUUCCUCAUUUAAAAUCAACGGGCGCAAAUUGUUCACUGAAUAUGUGUCACUUUAGUCGUCGAGAACGUCCCUCCAAACAUUUUAUCAUGAAUGAGCUUUCUCUUUAUGCUCAUAACAAAGUUGGAAAUUGGAAAAGGAUUCACAUUAUGCCACCAAAACUCAAUCUCUCAUUCAUAUAAAUAUCUCUUGUUAUCGUUUGAGUUUAGCUAGCCUUAUGUUGGCCCCUCUCGUAUUAGAAAAUAUGUAAUAUAUAUUGAGUAAAAUAAAGUUA